UGGACAGUCACCAUUCAUCGCAUCUAGCUCACCUGGCAACAUGAUCUCUAUCAAGUCGCUCAUCUUCCUUGGAGUGAUUGCUGUUUCCUUCGUCACAGGCUCCCACUGGGAAAACCAUGAAGAGAAACAUUAUGAUUCCCACCCUCAUUACAAGUUCGAAUACAGUGUUCACGAUCCGCACACCCACGACAUCAAGAGCCAGGAGGAGUCGAGAGAUGGUGACUACGUCAAAGGAUAUUACAAGCUGAAGGAGUCCGACGGCUCGGUCCGAGAGGUACACUACACAGCAGACGAACACAGCGGCUUCAAUGCCAAAGUCACCAAGGACGGACUGCCGCUGUAUGGAGGACACCAAGAGUCCAGCUCUCACCACUACAGCACUGCCCACGGUGCUCACCAAUAUAGUGAGGGCAGCCAUUAUAGAGGACACCACGCUACCAGCAUUCAGAACCAGAACAGCAAGCACUACCACCAGCAUGAGGUCGUCCUUCACCAUCACCACUAA